AUGGCAGAGAAUAUGGACCAUCCCUCAGUCUCCACUGUACUAGGUGUUGCAUGUGCCCCUAAAAACGAUCAUGUGCUGCAGCCUGGGGCGCUAGAUCGCAAAGUGGGGGUCAGUAGAUCCCAGGAGAGCAAAGGGCUCAUCGAUGUGCAGCCAGUCAGAGGCACCCGGGACUUUGGCCCAGAGGAGUACCGACUGCGCCAGUGGCUGUUCAACGAGUUUGAGGCUGUCUCGCGGUUGUUUGGCUUUGAGCAAUUUGAGACACCGGUCCUGGAGAGCGAGGACCUGUUUGUCCGGAAGGCAGGGGAGGAAAUCACGCAGCAGCUGUACAAUUUUGAGGACAAAGGUGGGCGACGUGUGGCUCUGCGGCCAGAGUUGACACCGUCACUAGCGCGGCUAGUGCUGGCCCAGGGCGGGAAGUUGACGUUGCCGGCAAAGUGGUUCUCCAUUGGGCAAUGCUGGAGAUAUGAACGCACAACGAGGGGCAGGAAGCGAGAGCAUUUCCAAUGGAACAUGGACAUUAUUGGGGUGCCAGGCAUAGCAGCAGAGGCGGAGCUGCUGGCAGCCAUCGUGCUGUUUCUAGAGAGGGUGAAUCUGUCCAGCGAGGACAUUGUGAUCAAGGUGUCCAGCCGCAAGGUGCUUCAAGCCAUUCUGGAGCGAUAUACUGUGCCGGAAGACAGCGUUGGGCCUGUGUCUGUGGUGGUGGACAAGAUGGAGAAGAUCCCCCUUGAAAAGGUGGAGGAGGAGCUGUCUGCGCUGGGGUUGUCACCGGAGGCGAGCUCGGGGAUCAUAGCAGCGACGAGGGUGGGCAGCCUGGCAGAGCUGGAGCAGCUGCUGGGCGCAGGCAACGAGGCCGUGCGCGAGCUGCAGCAGCUCUUCAGCCUGGCCCAGGGCUAUGGCUAUGCCGACUACCUGCAGCUCGACACCAGCUGCGUGCGCGGCCUCGCCUACUACACAGGGGUGGUUUUCGAGGGGCGGGAUCGGGCGGGCCAGCUGCGCGCGAUAUUUGGCGGCGGCCGGUAUGACCGGCUGCUGUCCACCUUUGGGGGCGAGCAGCGGCCCUGCGCCGGCUUUGGCUUUGGGGACUGCGUCAUCGUUGAGCUGCUGAGGGACAAGGGUCUCUUGCCCUCCCCUGCCCAUGAGGUGGAUGACCUGGUUGUGGUGAUGGAGGAGGGCCUGCGAGAGCAUGCAGCAGGGAUUGCACAGCAGCUGCGAAAAGCAGGCAGAAGAGUUGACCUGGUGUUGGAAUCAAAGAAGAUGAAGUGGAUCUUUAAGCAAGCGGAGAGGUGUGGAGCGAAGCGAAUGGUCCUAGUGGCUCCUGAUGAGUGGAAGCAGGGCCUGGUGAGAGUGAAGGAUCAGGCAACUCGAGAGGAGAGCAAUGUCCCUGUUGCAGAGCUUAUGAAUUUCUGA